AUGGCAACGGUCAGUCCACUGAAACACUAUUUGGUGACUAAGAGCUUGGUUUUGAAAAUUGUGCUCGGCGUUUGGAUCACUUCGACUGCUUUUGCUAUCAUUCCUUUUGUUCUGUAUGAUGCUGAGGUAUCUACGCGUUGGGACGUUUUUUAUACUGCAGUUUGCUUCGUUGCAGUUUCCCUUUUCCCGUACAUAUUUAUGAUUUAUGCAUACAUAGCCAUGUUCAGUGCAAUUAUUAAAAGGCAGCGACCACCUUUGAUUCAGAAUAAGAACUCACGGGAACAGAAGAAAAGCGAAAGUGACAGGAAGUGUAUCUUGGUUUUCGCAGCCAUGGCGAUCAUGUUUGCCUGCUGUUGGUUCCCUUAUUUUAUCGUCAUGCUAUUAUUCCAAAUAGGAUUAAAAGAUUUGCAUAGCGUCAUUGAAGCUUUUGUGGUCAUUCCAUAUUGGCCAACCCUCUUCUCUACACGUUUUUCAAACGCGACUUCUGGUCCACCUUUCAGAAUCUGUUGCAAAACAAGGAAAACGUCCGUUCUUCUUCUCAAAAAGGUCAAACGGGGUCUCUUAAUCUCACGAACCGAUUAA